AUGCAGCAAACCCUGGGCAGAUCCGAGAGCUAUAGGGGUAUCAGUUUAGGAAUUAAAGAACUCAAAAUCUACAUCACCAACUUGCGUAUGCAAGGUUCGAAUCCACCAUCGACGCAUCGGCAGUUGACGACACUAUUUCCCAUCCGAAAUUGGAUGUUUUGGAUCCCCAAUGCCUUCGAACAGCUGGCACAAAAGGAUCCUUUCACGAUGCUUUUCUUCGCCUGUUACGAGAUGAUUCAUCUGGCAGUCGCUCCUCUGCUGCCGGCUGGAAAUCUACCUCUUGCCUUGUCAAUCCGGCCCAAAUUCAUUGAGCGAAUCAAUUGCGAGUUUUUGGUUCUUGCAAAGUCUGUGAUGGAAGCCAAUCAAUUUCCUUUGGAGGAUGUGGCUUCCACCCUACAGCUUUUCAGGAACUUGAUGGCCGGCCCGCUCCGAUACGCCAAGCUGUACAAUGGCCUCUGA